UCAAAGACAACCAGCUGUUACUCAGUGUCGUGGCUGCUUGCCACCAGGUAUGUCGAUGCUGGUGCUGCUGUGCCUGCUGUCCCUCACGUCGGGACAAAAUAUCGUCCAGAAUGGAAACAUGGAAACAAUGGAUCAUUGGGACUGUUGGAACAUACAUUGUGAGCUGACCACUGAUCACCAUAGUGGACAACAUGGAAUCAAAGCCUCGGGCAGAAACCAUUAUUACGAAGGGCCCUCGCAGACCCUCAGUGGACUUAAGGCUAAUGGGCGCUAUAAGGUCGACGGGUGGGUAAAACUGCUGAACGACCAGGCAGGACAACUUGGACAAAAUGUGGAGUUGGAGGUGUCCGUUGACCUUAACAGUGGGAAGAAGGCAUACAUCCCAACAGCCACCCAUCCACUCGCCAGAUCCUCCGAUGGCUGGAUUCACCUGACGGGGGACUUCAACGCUCCUAAUGAGGGUAUAAAAUCGUCCAGUGUGUAUUACCAAGGCCCAUCGCCCGGUAUAAACUUUGUGGUUGACUCCGUGGCUGUGACACCCUUCGCGUCCAAUACCCACUGGCGUGCAGAAUCGGAUGCUAACAUAGAGAAACUGAGGAAAAGUGACAUCAACUUUCACGUCACCACUGCUGGGGGGAUUUCCGACAACCAAGUUGAAAUUGACGUCAUUCAAACAAAGAAAUCGUUUGCAUUUGGGACCGUCGUGGACUGUAAGGAGUAUGUCCAUGGCGACCAGAGAUACAUCAACUUCGUUAACAAGCAUUUCAACUGGGCAGUCACAGGGAAUGCUCUCAAAUGGGACUUAAUGGAACCUCAGAAGGGCAACAUCAAUUAUAACUGGGGCAUGGACGCUGUUAAGAAGCUGAGAUCCAAUGGAAUCAAGGUGCGAGCUCACAACAUUGUCUGGUCCGUGGAACAGUUUGUCCCUCAAUGGGUUCGCCCACUGCGCGGUCAGACACUGAAGGACACUGUAAAACACAGGAUACAAGACAUUGUUGGACGAACCAAGAACUACGUGGAACACUGGGACGUUGACAACGAGAACCUCCACGGCUUCUGGUUCCAGAACACUCUCAACGAUAGAGACUACAACCUGGACAUAUUCCGUAUCGCUCAUCAAGCUGGGCCCAAUGUUAAACUGUUCCUCAAUGACUACAGUGUUGUUUCAUCGGGCGGGUUGACUGGGGCAUACCGUGAGCAGGCCAUCAGGUUCAAGAACGCAAACGUCGGGCUCUCGGGAAUCGGUGUCCAAUGUCAUUUUCCAGAGAAUGUUGAACCUGACCCAACACUGAUCAAGCAACAUCUAGAUACCAUCGGGCAAGCUGGCGUCCCUAUCUGGGUCACUGAAUUAGAUGUGACUAAUUCAGAUGAAAACAAGCGUGCAGACUGGUACGAGACGGCUCUGAGAGCGUUCUAUGGCCACCCAGCUGUUGGGGGAGUCAUGUUUUGGGGAUUUUGGAGCGAGAGACACUGGAGAGGAGAUGCGGCCGCCAUGGUAUCGGGAAACGCGUUCAGGUUAAACGCCGCUGGUCAACGUUUCCUUGACCUCACGGAGAAACAAUGGAUGACCAACGAAAACCACAAGCUGUCACAAUCCGGCAAGAACUUUAAAGUCCGUGGUUUCCAUGGCGACUACACGAUUAAAGUCAAGGUCAACGGGAAGGAAGUUCCGUCCCUCGCGCAGUCAUUUACCUUGGGUACAUCGGCUCAUACUGUAACCCUCCAAGUACAUAAUUAGUACAAUCACAGUGAAUAAAGUGCGUCGGGCAUA